GGGUGCUGACGUAGAGAAACUUUCUCAGCGGCUGAUGAGGAAGCCCAGGCUGAAGUAGAAUCCCGGAGCUUUGGAAGAACUACUCUACAAUCUAGGGAGACCCCUUCGCGUUUGGCGGGACCACCGGACAUCACUUUGUAAGUCACAUGUGAUAUUAUACGAAAAAUAUGAGAGAGAACCACACCGGGAAAAUGCUGCUAUCAAAUGUGAUAUAAUCUAUGUAACAUCUAGUAUCUCAUAGCCAGUUGAAUUAAGCAUACUCAGGGUAAAGUGCAGCAAAAUCAAAAAUUUAUUUGACUGUGCCUCAUCAUCAUGAACCGUGCUUUUAGUAGAAAGAAAGAUAAAACAUGGAUGCAUACUCCUGAGGCUUUAUCGAAACACUAUAUUCCCUAUAAUGCAAAGUUUCUUGGCAGUACAGAAGUGGAACAGCCCAAAGGUACCGAAGUCGUGAGAGAUGCGGUUAGAAAAUUGAAGUUUGCAAGACAUAUCAAGAAAUCUGAAGGCCAGAAAACUCCUAAAGUUGAAUUACAAAUAUCAAUUUAUGGGGUAAAAAUUCUAGAGCCAAAAACAAAGGAAGUCCAACACAAUUGCCAACUUCAUAGGAUAUCAUUUUGUGCAGAUGAUAAAACUGACAAGAGGAUAUUUACUUUCAUAUGCAAAGAUUCUGAGUCAAAUAAGCAUUUGUGCUAUGUAUUUGACAGCGAAAAGUGUGCUGAAGAGAUAACUUUAACGAUUGGUCAAGCCUUCGAUCUGGCCUACAGGAAAUUUCUAGAAUCUGGAGGAAAAGAUGUUGAAACAAGAAAACAGAUUGCAGGGUUGCAGAAAAGAAACUUAGUGUUCUCAUGUGACUUUGCUUCACUUCCUGAUGCUUCUCAUGGGGAUCAGAGCAGCAGAAGGAGCAGAUGCUGGAUACAAGAGCUAGAAACUGAGAAUACAGAACUCAGAAAUAAAGUCCAGGAUUUGGAAAAUCAGCUAAGAAUUACUCAGAUAUCAACAUCUCCAGCAGCCAGUAUGGCACCUAAAUUACCUUCCACUGACAUCUUUGAUAUGGUUCCUUUUUCUCCCAUAACUCCUCAGUCAUCAACACCUACUCGCAAUGGUACCCAGCCUCCUCCAGUACCCAGUCGUUCUACAGAGAUAAAACGAGACCUUUUUGGAGCAGAACCUUUUGACCCUUUUAACUGUGGAGCAGGUGACUUCCCUCCAGACAUUCAAUCAAAACUAGAUGAAAUGCAGGAGGGGUUCAAAAUGGGACUAACUCUUGAAGGCACGGUAUUUUGUCUUGAUCCAUUAGAUAGUAGGUGCUGAUGCAAAGGACAAGAGAUCCUGACUCUUGUAUGACAUUUCUUUUCAUCAUUGUUAUUAUAAUGUGUACUACAAGUGUUAUCCAUGUGCCAAAAAUUUGUUUUUAGACAUGUUAACUUCUGUGAGAUAAGCUUCAAUGAGACCUCAACACAGAUUCAGUGUUGACCUGUAAAAUUGUAAAAAGCCACAUCUGCAUGUGAGCUAUUCAUUAAGUUACACCCUUAUGUUCCUUUCUACUUCUGUCGGAGAUAAAUUUAUAUUACUAAAGAAGAGAGAGUCUCUUAAUUCUUCUCCUAUUUCUGGGUUAUAAGUUAGUACCUUUGGAAGCUACAUUACCCUUUCUCAGUCCAUUAGGAUAUUAUUGAAUUCUACUCAAUUGUAACUUAAUAAUUUUUUCCUAGUAGUUUGGAAAAAGAAAGAAAGAAGGAGUCUAACUGAAAACUCAGGACUAAUCUAGGCACUUGAAAAAUCUGACCAUGACUGUGUCUAAAAUGAUACACGUUAGCCACUUCAGCGGAAGACAGCAAAUUGGUUAUUUAGUGGUAUGAGAGCCCAAAAGAAGUGGUUUGGAUUUUCAGUUAGCUUGAUGACAUCAUGUAGUUAUAACCAAUUAUUUUACCUAUUAAACCUUUGAAAUUUUCAGAAAUCAUGAGCCUGGUAUAUCAUUGUGUCUGUUAGUUGCUUUUCAUAUCACUGGAGAAUUUUACAUUUUGAAAAUAAUGACCUCAGGUCACUAACUUUCAUACUGGUGAAAUGAUUAGUGAAUAUAAAUUAAAAGGAUAAUAAAAUUGAAUGUACUUAGAAUAUGUAGUAGCAAACAUAGAUGCCAGGUAACUCCAAUUAUUAUAUUCAAUUGUUUACUGUGUUUCUUUUUCAUCAAGAUUUGAAUCAACGUCUAAGAAAAUAUAGAAAAUCACUUUAAAAUACCAUCUUAUUUCAAAUGAGAGCAAUUAUAUAACAAAGCAUAUAUACCUUUCUAAUUUGAUAA